AUGUCGUCACAAACAGCAACUUCGAUUACCACAGGAUCUUGUUCCUGUGACAAGGUGAAAUAUGCUUUUCGGGGCCAGCCAUUGGCGUCGGCGCUCUGCCACUGCCUCAAGUGCAAACGCGGCAACGGCAGCAGCUUUAGCACCAAUAUUAUCGUUCCAGCUGUUGCCUUUGAGCUGAUAAGAGGGGAACCUGCCAAGUACACAAACAAAGGAGAAUCAGGCAAGGACGGCUCCUCGCACUUCUGUCGAGACUGCGGCUCCCCGCUUUACGUUACCAGCGAGCUGGCCGCUGGUGUGGUGAUUGUGAAGACUGGGACCAUCGACAGGUGGGACUUGGUUGAGACGAAUUUCAAGCCCACGACUGAGAUGUUCUGUGCUACGAAGUACAGCUGGCUGCCAUCUAUUGAGGGGGCUACAAAGUUGAGCGGUGCCAACUGA